AUGCAUCGUCAUCAUCUCAAGGUCAUGUUCCAAGGAGCUUCCGCUGCGAGGCAGAUAUUCAGAUCGUUCCCGAGAGCUGUGGUCAACAAGCGCAACAUGCAUAUCCAGUCGAUUCCCAUGUGGGUUGGGAGUGGCAACAACUACGCCUACCUCGUCGUGGACGACAGAUCCAAGGAUGCGGUGAUUAUCGAUCCCGCCAACCCGCCAGAGGUCGCGCCAAUCCUGAAAGAAGCCAUAUCCUCGGGGAAAAUCAACCUGACGGCCGUUGUGAACACGCAUCACCAUGGGGACCAUGCAGGCGGCAACAAGAAGCUUCUGGCGGAGCUGGGCACCCCGGGCCUGGCGAUUGUUGGCGGCAAAGACUGCGAGGGCGUCACCAAGACGCCUGCCCAUGAGGAGGUCUUUCAGCUAGGCGACAUCAAGGUGACGAGCGUGCAUACGCCGUGCCACACGCAGGAUAGCAUUUGCUUCUUCAUGGAGGACGGGACCGGGAGGGCUGUUUUCACAGGCGACACGCUCUUCGUCAGCGGCUGCGGCAAGUUCUUCGAGGGCAAUGCCGCGGAGAUGCACGAGGCGCUGAACAAGAGGCUCGGGUCCCUGCCCGACGACACUGUUGUAUAUCCUGGUCACGAGUACACCAAAUCCAACGUCAAGUUUGCCAUUUCGGUCCUGCAGAGCGAGCCGGUCAAGAAACUGGAGGAGUUCGCGGCCAGCAACCAGGUCACGACGGGCGAGUUUACCCUUGCCGACGAAAAGAAACACAACGUAUUCAUGCGUCUCGAUGAUCCAGCCGUGCAAAAAGCCACCGGUGCCACCGACCCCGUGGACGUCAUGGCCAAGCUGCGCGAAAUGAAGAACAACUUCAAGUGA